AUGCAUUUUCUAGCUGAGUAGCUACACAUCAAGUAUAAGAAGCUGUGUCCGUCUAGUAAAGUUCUCUGCACAGCAGUUGCAAUUAGGGCUGCCCAGUUAAGUUUACAGUGGUCCAAUAUCAUCUGUCAUGAUCUGGUUUUUGCAGAAACUCAGACUAGAGAAUUAAACAGGACAAUGCAUCUUUUAAAUAUAUUUUGUAUUAUGACUUCUCAAGAGAAGACAGAAGAGCAUCCUUUUGUGGAUAUAUUUAAUGAAGAUGAAGCUGACAAAAACUUUAUGUUGUCUAAACCUGUUUGCUUUGUUGUAUUUGGGAAACCAGGGGUUGGGAAGACAACAUUAGCCCAACAGAUAACACAGGCAUGGAAAUGUAUUCGUGUAGAAGCUUUACCAAUUUUGGAAGAACAGAUUGCCAGUGACACUGAAUCAGGAGCUAUGUUGCAGUCGAUGCUGAUCAGUGGCCAAAGCAUUCCAGAUGAACUUGUCACAAAGCUAAUGUUGGAGAAGCUCAACUCCCCAGAAGUCUCUCACUUUGGCUAUGUUAUCACUGAAAUACCAUCACUUUCACAGGACGCCAUGACUAUUUUGCAGCAAAUAGAAUUAAUUAGAAAUUUAAAUUUGAAACCUGAUAUUAUAAUCAAUAUUAAGUGUCCUGACUAUGAUUUAUGCCAAAGAAUUUCGGGGCAAAGGCAGCACAGUAGUACAGGAUACAUAUUCACAAGAGAUCAGUGGGAUCCUGAAGUCAUUGAGAGUCGUAGGAAAAAGAAGAAAGAAGCCCAAAAGGAAGGAAAAGGAGAAGAGGAAAGGGAAGAGGAAGAAGAGCAAGAAGAAGAAGAGGCAUUUAUUGCUGAAAUGCAGGUGGUGGCUGAAAUUCUUCAACAUCUAGUUCAGAGGCCUGAGGAUUAUUUGGAAAAUAUCGAACACAUUGUUAAACUUUAUAAGGAAAUAAUUCUUCACCCUUUAGAAGAAGUAAUGGCUGAGCACGAUUCCCAGUAUCUCAUUGAGCUAGACGGAAAUAAGCCCCCAGAGGAGCUCUUCAUGGUAAUUAUGGAUCGACUUAAAUAUCUGAACCUAAAAAGAGCAGCUGUUUUAACCAAACUUCAGAGUGCAGAGGAAGAAAUUAAUGACACAAUGGAAAAUGAUGAGCUGUUCCGUACUCUUGCAGCUUGUAAACUUAUUGCACCAAGAUAUAGAUGGCAGAGAAGCAGAUGGGGACAUACAUGUCCGGUGACUUUAAAAGAAGGUAACAUUUUUCAAGGAUUGCCAGAUUUUUCUGUAAGUUUUCUAGGUAAAAUAUACUGUCUUUCAUCAGAAGAAGCAUUAAAAACAUUUUUAUUGAACCCACGUCCCUAUCUUCUUCCACCUAUGCCAGCACCACCAUUUAAAGUGUUCAUAUUUGGACCUCAGUCUUCAGGGAAAACAACACUUAGCAAUUUGCUUGCAAAACAUUACAAAGGAAAGGUAGUUGACUACAAUAAAAUUGUUCAACCACGUUUUGAUAAAGCCCUUGAAACGCUAACCAGAAAUACUAUAGCUGAGGCCACUGAAGCAGCCAUUAAAGCUGUAAAAGAGCAGCUUCUCUCAGAACUACAAGCUAAAAAACAAGAUGAAAAAGAAACAAGUGAAACGUCUACACUUCAAAGAAGUCAACAAGACUCUCGUCAAGAUCUAAUGUUGGAUUCAAAAAAAGAUGUAAUAGAAUACGUGAUAGAAGAGGUAACUGCAGAUCAUCCAGAAGUUCUUUCCAUAAUAAAGGAGACGGUAAAAAUGGCAAAGGACAUGAACUUUGAACAGCCACAUGAAAAAAUUGCUGAAAUCUUAGACGAAGUUCUCCAAGAGGUAGUUGAAGAAAACAAGAAUAGGUUUUAUGGUGCCCCAAAAUAUGGAGGAUGGGUACUGGACAACUACCCUAUUAUGAAAGAACUGUGGAUGGUCUUAGUCGACAAAGGAAUUCUACCCGAUUUAGUCAUCUGUUUAUCAGACACAGAAAACAAUGGAAAAUAUUUAUUUAAUAGACUGUAUUUAGAAAAUAAACAAGAAAUUGACACUAAGAUUUUAGAAAGGUUAUUGGAUGAACUACUAAAGAAAAGAAAAGAGGAAGAAGCAGCAAGAAAAGCCAAAGAAGAGACAUUGAGAAUAGAAGAAGAAAAUCAAAAGCUAUUGGAAGCUAUGAAUGCGAAAGCAAAAGAAGCAGAAGAAACUGAAGCUGAGGCUGACAAGGAGAUCGAAGGUGAGGAGUCUGAACUUCACGAAGGGUCUGAGGCCCCUGCGGUAGCAGAGGAGACCAGGGGGUCCUUACCUGAGGAGCCUGAAGUUUUCGAGGUCCCUGAAACAGAACAUGAAUCAGUGUCUGAGCCUACCGAGGAUACUACAGUUGGAACAGAAAUUCCAAAAGGAUCCAAAGAGGGACUAGAAACUAAAGAAUUCUCUGAAACAGUUGUACUACCUGAGUUUCCAGAAGACGCUUAUCCUGAUGUUCCUGAAAUGGAGCCAAUUAAAGAGAGUGUCAGAUCUUUCUACUCCACCUGGAGGCAGAUGGAAACAGCAAUCAGUGACUCUUUUACUCAAGUUUUAAACUUGGAGAUUGCUGACAAAACUCCAGAGGAACUACUUCAAAAAGUCGUUGAGACCAUGGAAAAACCUUUCCACUAUGCUGGCUGGGAGUUAACUAUGGACGAUUAUGAUGAAGAAACAGAAGACUAUCAAGCUGAGGCCGAAGGCGAUGAGGAGCUAGAAGAGGAGGAGGAGGAAGAGGAAGAGAAUGAAGAUAGAAUUAAAGAGAAGAGAAGGCAUUUGGGAGAUACAAAGCACUUUUGUCCAGUGGCUCUCAAAGAAAACUUCAUCCUACAACCAGGCAGCACAGAAGAAGCAGCUAAAUAUCGAGAAAAGAUCUAUUACUUUUCAAGUCCUGAGGCUAAAGAAAAGUUUUUGGAGCAACCUGAGGAUUAUGUGGCUCACGAUGAACCAUUAAAGGCUCCUCCAUUAAGAAUAUGCCUUCUGGGCCCCCAUGGCUCUGGCAAAACUGUAUGUGGAAGACAGUUGGCAGAAAAAUUGGGCAUUUUUCAUAUUCAGUUUGAAGAAUUUCUUCAAGAAAGACUAAUGCUUAAAACUGAGAAGAAAGUUGGACCUGAAUUUGAGGACGAUUCUGAGGAUGAACAAUUUGCAAAACAAGAACUUGAAGAGCUUGCAAUUCAGGCCAAUGUUACAAUUGAGGAAGAAAAUAUAAAGAAGCUGCCUCAGGAAGUACAACUUACAGAAGAAGAAGAAGCAAUCAGAUUAAAUCUAACAGAAAAUGAGCCAUUGCCUCCCGAAAUCCUUGAAGCAAUUCUCUCUGAGUGGUGGUUUAAGGAACCGAUACGUUCCACAGGUUUUGUAUUAGAUGGUUUCCCGCGAUAUCCUGACGAGGUCCAGUUUCUGGGGGAACAUGGAUUUUUCCCAGAUGCUGCUGUUUUUAUACAAGUUGAUUAUCAAGAUGUUUCUGAUCGCCUCCUUCCUACCCAAAUUGGAAAGUGGAAAGUGAAACAAAAGAAGAAAUUAGAAAGGAAAAAACUCAUCAAAGAAAUGAAGGCAAAAAUCAAGGAUGACAUGAUUUCUAAAAGAAGGGCUGAACUUAUAAUAGAGAGAGAGCAAAAAAGGAAAGGAGGGGAGACUGUUAGAAAAGAUGAAGACAUGAGCGAGGAAGAACCUGAAGAUGAGGAAGAUGAUAUUGACAACAUCCUUGAUGAAUUUCCAAAAGAUGAGGAAGUGAUGAGUGAGGAAGAUGAAGAGCAGGAAAUUGAUGCGCUCAAACGCCUGAGAGGUGAACUGGGAGAAAAAUUUGAAACAGAUAUGAAUAAUUUACAAAUAAUACAGGAAGAAUUUGAGAAGUUUUUGAUACCAGUAAUUCUCAUUAAUGGAGCUCGGAAAACCCACAUUGUACAAUACAUAUUGAAUAUGAAACUGAAACCGCUGGUGGAGAAUCGUGCAAGCAUUUUUGAGAAAUGUUAUCCAAUAUCAUCCCGCCUUGCCCAGAAAAUGCUCAGCUUUACCUACAAGUAUAUAAGCUCGUUUGGCUACUGGGACCCUGUAAAGCUAAGUGAAGGAGAGACAAUCAAGCCAGUUGAAAAUUCAGAGAAUCUACUUCAUCCUGUAGUCCAUCGUCAGUAUAUUUAUUUUUUAUCUAGUAAGGAAACUAAAGAAAAAUUUAUGAAGAACCCAAUCAAAUAUAUCCGCCAACCCAAACCUAAGCCUACUAUGCCCAUUAGGAUUGCACUUCUGGGGCCUCCAAAAUCUGGGAAAACUACAGUUGCCAAAAAAAUUUCAAGUGACUAUGGCUUAAAGCGUUUGUCAAUAGGAGAUGCUCUGCGUUAUGUAUUAAACCACCAACCAGACACAGAGCUGGCACUUAUGCUAAAUUGGCAUCUUCAUAAAGGAAUGACAGCACCUGAUGAACUGGCUGUUCAGGCCUUAGAAUUAUCUCUGAUGGGAAGUAUAUGUAAUACUGCAGGUGUUGUCAUUGAUGGAUACCCUGUAUCUAAAUAUCAAGUGAGUCUCUUGGAAGCUAGGUCAGUCAUCCCCAUGGUCAUCUUUGAGUUGGAUGUGCCUUCCAAAGAGAUUUUCAAAAGAUUGCUCCUGGAAAAAAAAGAGGAACCAAGUUUGCCUUAUCCAUUGCAUAACAGCUCACAGAUUAUAGCUGUCAAGAACUCAAAGUACCACAAAAAUAUUGAUGAGAUUAGGCAAUAUUAUCAAGAACAACAUCAGAACUGGUAUGUGAUUGAUGGCUUUCACAGCAAAUGGUGGGUAUGGAAUGAAGUCAGUAAGAAGGUUAAAAUGGUGAAUAAACACAUGCAGAUAUACCUGGGAAGAAUAAAAGCAGGAAAAGCUGCCUGCAUUGACAAGUUAUGUAUCUCACCUGAAGAACUGAUUUCUCGCCUGGGCGAAUUUGGACAGUUCUGCCCUGUCAGCCUGGCAGAAUCACAUGAAUUAGUUGAUUGCUCUUUAACUGAUUCCUUGGAAUUUGCAGCAGAGUUCAGAGGGCACUAUUAUAAAAUGAGUUCUCAGGAGAAACUGAAUAGAUUUUUGGAGAACCCCGAAUUAUACGUGCCUCCAUUAGCACCUCAUCCUCUCCCGUCUGCCAACAUGAUGCCCAAAAGGCUGACACUGUCGGAGCUGAAGAGCCGAUUCCCUAAGUGUGCCGAGCUCCAGGGCUACUGUCCAGUGACCUAUCAGGAUGGCAAACAAAGAUACGAAGCCCUAGUACCUGGUAGCAUUCACUAUGCUUUAGAAUAUCGUGAUCGUAUAUAUACCUGUGAGAGUAGAGAAAAACUUGAGAAAUUUUUGAGGUCGCCACUGAAAUACUGGGAUCAGAAGCUUCCUUACAAACGUCCCCCGUUAAAGGAACCGAUGUAUCUCACUAGUCUGCCUUUGCCGGGAUAUCUGGAACAGGGUAUCGCAACUGCUCUAAUUAAAGCCAUGAAUGCAGCAGGAUGCUUAAAGCCCAAAUUCCCCUUCUUAAGUGUACAGAGGUCUGCGCUACUCUAUAUAGCAUUUCAUCUAAAAGCCUUUAAUCCCAAAGGUUCUGAGUACACAAGAAAAAAAUAUAAGAAGAAGAUGGAGCAGUUUAUGGAGAGAUGUGAACUCAUUACAUACCUGGGUGCCAAGAUGACCAGAAAAUACAAGGAACCUCAGUUUAGAGCCAUUGACUUCGAUCAUAAAUUACAAACCUUUCUCUCUCUUAAAAAUAUAGACCCAGUCAAUGGAUAG